AUGUCAGGGAAUCCCAGCAUUAUUCCAAGCUUAAUGUCAAUUAGCACUGCAAAUGGAGUGUCUACCAAGGAACUCGGUUAUACAGAUCAUGAUGAGUUACCUUGGGGUAUUGAAGAAACAAAAAAAAAGAGUCAAAAUGGUUGCUUUCUAUGCAAAUUAUGUAAUGGUAGAACAAUUGGAAGAAUUUUAAAUAUUAAUACUCAUGUUAAUGGCUUGAAACACUUGAGAAAUUUGAAAGAUUUUUUGAUUGAUAAACAAAACAAGCUGGAAAUGCAAAUACAACAAAAAGCUGAACAUAAAAAGGAGAGUAUUAAUAAACAUAAUUUAAAUUCUAAUCCAAAGUUGAUGUCAUUAAAUAGCACAUCUAGCAAAUCUAAUUGUGGACUGAAUAAUAAACCAAAUAUUGUUAAAAAUACACCAUUAAAUACCUCGAAAUUAAGUCAAACACAAGAUGAAAGUAAAUUAUCAUGUUCAUCAUCAUCAUCAUCAUCAUCAUUUGAUAUUAAAAAGUCUGAUGUACCAGGUCAACAAAAUAAUUAUACAGAAGGAACAAAAGUCAAUAUUGAUAAUAAAAAUAAUAAAGAUGUUGAAAUGGUUACAGUUGAUAAAAAGAAACCAUUGAUCAAUAAAUCUCUAGGUCCUGUAAAUUUUCCUAAAUGGGAAUCAAUUAAACAAGAAGAUAUUGAUAAGCACUAUGAUGAUUUUGAAGAUUUUCUUAAUAAGUUAAAGUCAAGUUCAAAUGAUAGUAUUAAUAUUGAUGUUAAAAGUGAAUUUGAGCAAAAAGACAAGAAGCAUUUACCGAGUGAAAAACAUAAAAAUAAUAUUGCUGCUAUGGAUAAAAAAUCAGCUGAUAAUAAUUCAAUUAAUAUUGCAACAAAUCAGAUAAAUUCUAUUGUUAAUAAUAAAGAAAAAAUGACUGAGGCUGAUUCAACAGAAACAAUAGACGAUAAUAAAUCUAAAGAAAUAUUAUCAAAUGAAAUAGAAAUGCUUAGUCAAAAUCGUUAUCAAUGUAAAAUUUGUUUUUGUCAUUUGGGUGAUCCGAAGACUGUUUCAGAACAUUUAAAAGGCCAACGAUUGGAUGGUUUAAAAAGUGUUGCACAACACUUGAGAGGAGAACGUCAUGCUGCUGAAAAAAAGAUUAUUGCAUCAAAAAAUAAAGAAAAUGAACAACAUAAAAAUACAGCUUCAGCACUACGUCAUCAAUAUGAUUUUCCAAAUGCAAUUACUGAAAUAAAUUCAUCAUUUUCAUCUCUUAAUAUAACACCAUUAGAAAUGAAUAAUACUGCUCAAAAUUACAGCAAAACUAAUGAAUUACGUUUUAAAAAAUUUGAAGAUCCACGUAAAGCUAUGAUGAAUGCUGAAGACUGUGAAAUAUGUCAUAUUAAAGUACCAGGAGGAGUAAAAGGUUUAAGUGAACAUCGUUUAACUAAUGAACAUAUUGAUAAUAUGAAUAAAGUUUUUGGUUUUAUGGAUUCAUCAAUAAAACCAGCUUGGUCUGUUCCAACAACAAAUACAAUGGAAUUUAAUAUUUCAACAGGUUUGAAUUUAAAUAAUGCAGCUUGGCCAACAGUUAUUGAUGCAGCUAAAUCAAGAGGUACUGUAAAUAUUUCAAAAUUAGUAUCAAGUGAUAAAAUUGCAGAACCAGAAGCAAAACAUUCUUGUCAUAUUUGUGAAAAAAAAACAGUAACACGAAAUGAUCUUCAUACACACAUGAGUUAUAAUAUUAUUUACAAUGGACCAAGUAAAAAUUUGAAUAUUUAUGAAAUUGAUAAUGAUAAAAUUGAAAAUAUUAAAAAAGGAAUUACUCUGUCAAUGACUCUUGAUGAAAAUAAUAUUUGGUGUUUUAUUUGUAAUGAAAAAGUAAAAAAUUCACUUCAAACAUUUAAUGAACAUAUUUGUUCACGUUUACAUGAACGUAAUUAUGAACAAUUAAUGGAGCAACAUGAACAAUAUGAAACAUUUAAUGAUCAGUUGAGUAAUUUUGAUUUGGCUAUUCAAUAUAUUUAUGAAAUAUCAAAUUCAACAGUACAAUGUUUGCCAUGUGAUAUAAUGAUAAUGAAUAAAAGUGAAAUGAUUAAAAAUCAUAUUGAUACAAAAAAUCAUCAAGAUAAAACUAAUACUUAUGAUAAAAAUAAGAAUAAUAUAUAUAAAAGUAUUCAUUCUAUGAGUAAUCCUUAUUUUUAUAAUUGUCAAGUAUAUUGGUGUGUAAUAUGUGGUGCAAAAUUUCAUAAUGAAAUUGAAUUUCGUGAACAUCUUGAUAAAAAGAAACAUCGUAAAAAAGUUGAAGAAUAUUCGCACAAAUUAAUAUUUGAUUAUUGUCCAACUUGUGCUGUAUUGUGGUAUGGAUUUCCUCAAACAUUUUCAUAUCAUUGUGAAGGAAAAAUGCACAAAUAUCACAAAAAAGAUAAACAUUUUUUCAUCAAUGAAUUACCAAGUGUUAUUAUUAAUGACAUGCUUGUAAAUCCAGAUUAUUAUGCAGAUAAAUUAGUUAGUUUAAUUGAUAAUUUUGCUGAAAAUGAGCGUAAAAAAGAGAAGCUAGUAUUAAAAGAUUUAACAAAUACAAUUAAAAAUAAAUAUCCACAAGCACAACAUUAUAUUUUUGGAUCACGUUUAAUUGGAUUGGCAUUUGAAAAUUCUGAUAUUGAUAUUUAUUUAGAUUGUAAACAUAAAAAAAAGAGUUCAUAUUUUGGUUCAAGUAGUAUUGAAGUCAAUGAAGUGAUAAAAGAAGUUGAAAAAUGUUUAAUUGAUAAAAAAAAUGACUGGCUUAUUAAAAGAGUAAUUUUAAAUGCAAGAAUACCAAUUAUUAAACUUGUUCAUCGUACGACAUUAAUUGAUUGUGAUAUUUCAUUUAAUAAUGGUCUUGCUGUUGAAAAUUCAAAUUUAAUUAAAAUAUAUUGCGAUAAAAAUUCAAAUUGUCGUAAACUUAUUUUAUUUAUAAAAAAAUGGUUUAAUUAUUGUGAUCUUACACGUAUUUCAAGUAAUGCAAUAGCUUGGUUAGUUAUUUAUUAUCUUCAAGUACAAUCAAUAUUACCAGCAGUCAUUGAGUUAAUUGAAAAAAAAACUGAAAAACGUACAGUUGCUGGUUGGGAAGUUGGUGUUGGAACUGAUAUAUUUACUUUUACUGAAGUCAAAGAUUUUAAAAAAUUAUUAAAAAAUUUUUUUUUAUUCUAUGCAUCAUUUGAUUAUAAAGAUGAUAUUAUUUGUCCAUUGCUGGGCAAGGCUGUGAAAAAAAGUUUAUUUUUAAAGCCACGUGAAUUACCAGCUUCAAUGAAACAUUAUGUUCGUCAAUUAGAACAUGGCCAUAUGCUUGAAGUUGAUUGUGUAAUGUGUAUUCAGGAUCCAUUUGAUCUUGGACACAAUAUUACUGAUUCUGUUGAUAAAUUUAAUGUCUAUCGUUUUAUGACUUUUUGUAUUAGCAGUGCUAAAAUACUUGAAUAAUAAUCUACGUUAA